ACGAAUUGUAUUGUAACUUCCACUUCUUCUUAUAUCAUAAAUUUGACAAUUUUAUUUACCCUAAAAAAAUGGCUUCCUCUUCUUCGUUGUCGUCAACUUCCGUGCCGUCGCUGAUGAAAGACGAAAAGUGGAGAAACUGGGCGGAGCUUCCGUCGAAGUUGACGUCAUCGAUUCUGCUUCGUCUUGGAGCCAUUGAGAUACUUGAAAACGCUCAAAAAGUGUGCACAUCGUGGCAUCGGGUCUGUAAAGAUCCUUCGAUGUGGCGGAAGAUCGAUAUUGACAAUCGCAAUGACAGGGCAGCCUUCAAGUACAACCUCGAGUCCAUGUGUCGUCACGCAGUUGACCGCAGUCAGGGCGGGUUGGUUGAGAUCGAAAUUUGGUACUACGGUACUAAUGAUCUCAUCAAGUACAUCGCCGACAGGUCAAGUAAUCUGAAAAGCCUAGGACUUGUAAGGUGCAUUCCAAUAACAGAUGAGGGAGUUGCCAAAGCAGUUUCGAAAGUUCCAUUGCUGGAAGACCUUGAGGUUUCAUACUGCUUAUUUUCAGGAGAGUCUCUGAGGGAUAUAGGCCGGUCUUGUCCGAAUCUGAAGACAUUGAAGCUAAACCGCAACCCUGAAUUCAUGUUUUCAAAUAGUGGGUUUGAUGACAAUGCCAUAGCCAUUGCAGGAAGCAUGCCUGAACUACGCCGCCUCCAGCUUUUAGGAAACGGGCUAACCAACAAGGGCUUGAACGCCAUUCUUGAUGGUUGUCCUCACCUGGAACACCUUGAUUUACGCCAGUGUUUCAACAUCAACCUUGUUGGGGAUCUCAAGAAGCGAUGUUUGGAGAGGAUCAAAGAUUUGAGGCACCCCAAUGACUCAGAUUAUGACUCAGAUGAUGACUCAGAUUAAGGUGCAGCGGCCACAAUGAGGUCCACUAUCAUUGGGACUAGAUAUUGAAUCUUUCUGAAUAAUGCGGAGACACCUUUGUUGUUUGAGUUAUGAACAGUUUCAGUUUCCUUUCUCUCUAUCUUGGUAGUUUCAAUAUAUUUCCUUUGGACUU